GCCGGGGCCGACUACCUAGGCUCGGGGAGUGUCGCGCGCGUCCCGGGGGGCGGUGGGCGUGCUCGUGCGCGAGCAGUCCAGGCUAGUACGCGUGCGCACAGAGGGCUUUGUCCCUACCGCGCCCUCACGCCGUCCGUUUGCUGCGCACGCGUGUACCCUACUUCUCAUUCCGGAAACUCCGUGAUUUCUAGUUGCUUCCGGUUAUCUGUUCCGGGUCAUCGCAGUUAGUCCCCUGCCUCAGGGUUGUGGAUUCACCAUCGUGACAGCAGGUGGGCCCUUCUGCCUGGGUGCCAGGUCAGCCGGUACAGAAAUGGCAGGAAAGGAGAACAACUUCCCGCCCCUGCCCCGCUUUGUGCCGCUGAAGCCCUGCUUCUACCAGGACUUCUCCGACGAGAUCCCCGUGGAGCACCAGGUGCUGGUGAAGAGGAUCUACCGGCUGUGGAUGUUUUACUGUGCCACUCUGGGUGUGAACCUGGUGGCCUGCCUGGCCUGGUGGAUUGCGGGUGGAGCGGGGGCCAACUUCGGCCUGGCCAUGCUCUGGCUGCUUCUCUUCACUCCCUGCAGUUAUGUGUGCUGGUUCCGGCCUGCAUACAAGGCCUUCCGAGCUGACAGCUCCUUUAACUUCAUGGCGUUCUUCUUCAUCUUCGGAGCACAGUUUGUCCUGACCGCCAUCCAGGCCAUCGGCUUCUCAGGCUGGGGCGCAUGUGGCUGGCUGGCAGCUGUUGGAUUCUUUGGGGUCAAUGUUGGGGCAGCUGUGGUCAUGCUGAUCCCGGCCAUCUUGUUUUCCUUGUCCGCUGUCAUGAUGGCCGUCGCACUUGUGAGGGUGCAUAGGAUCUACCGUGGGGCUGGUGGAAGCCUCCAGAAGGCACAGACGGAGUGGAACACUGGUACCUGGAGGAACCCCCCAUCGAGGGAGGCCCAGUUUAACAACUUCUCUGGGAAUAGCCUGCCCGAAUACCCCACUGUCCCCAGCUACCCCAGUGGAGGCCAGUGGCCUUAGGCUCUGACUCCUGCCGCCACCCUUGGUCCUGAAGCCCGAGCGUCUCCGCGAGAUCCCGGAGGUCCUCCGCCGUGUCCGUCUCCUGCCCGAACCCUCAGCAAACUGCCUGCCGGCUGCUGUCCACUGCCGUUCCGCCAGAGCCGCUGGGUGGUCGCCCCGCUCCCGCCUGGCCAGGGGGUGGGUGGCCUGCACCACCAGGCUCCUGUCCGUUGUGUGCCUGAGACAUACUGCUGAGCCCCAGAGGGAGCACUUGUGGAUGGAGGCAGGAGCAUGGCUGGUGUGGCUGCAUCCUCAGCUCUACCAUCCAGUCCAGCCCUGUGCUCCUCUGGGGACAGGGUCCUGCAGCUUCCUUGUCCUGUCCCUAGUGGCAGGGACAUCCUGCUGUCCCCACCCCCAUCCACGAUCCUGAGUAGACCUCCGC